CUACAAUUACGCCACUCACACUUUGGGAAACGCUAACCAGACAGCGGUGCAAGCCAAUCGCAAUCAGCGCUCUGGAAGCUGGGAGACUGGGGUGGAGACUUCAGAGACUGCAGUUGCAGUUCUAACACAUGGAAUUGGCUAUGGAUAAAUCAUAUGAUUUCAAUGAACGACGCUCAUGUAAUGGAAUUCCAUCUGAGAAGAAAAACAGCUACCUUGUAUCUGAAGAUCAUGGACAGAAAAUCUUAAGUAUACUGCAGAAUUUUAGAGAGCAAAAUGUCUUUUAUGAUUUCAAAAUAAUCAUGAAAGAUGAGAUAAUCCCAUGUCAUCGUUGUGUGUUAGCAGCAUGUAGUGACUUUUUCAGGGCUAUGUUUGAAGUAAACAUGAAAGAAAGAGAUGAUGGAAGUGUUACCAUUACUAAUUUGUCCUCCAAAGCAGUAAAAGCAUUUCUUGAUUAUGCCUAUACUGGAAAAACAAAGAUAACAGAUGAUAAUGUGGAAAUGUUCUUCCAAUUGUCAUCAUUUCUUCAAGUUUCCUUCCUAUCCAAAGCUUGCAGUGACUUUUUAAUAAAAAGCAUUAAUCUCGUCAAUUGUUUACAUUUAUUAUCUAUAUCAGAUAGCUAUGGCUCCACCCGUUUGUUUGAUCAUGCAUUAUACUUUGUACAACAUCACUUUUCUUUGUUAUUUAAAUCCAGUGAUUUCUUAGAGAUGAAUUUUGGAAUACUGCAAAAAUGUCUGGAAUCAGAUGAAUUAAAUGUUCCUGAAGAAGAAACAGUACUGAAGGUUGUCCUUAGUUGGACAAAACAUAACUUAGAAUCAAGGCAAAAGCAUCUGCCUCAUUUGAUUAAGAAAGUAAGAUUACAUCAGUUAUCUGAGGACACACUACAAGACUGUCUUCUCAAUGAAGAGUGUUUACUCAAAAGCACAAACUGUUUUGACAUAAUUGUGGAUGCAAUUAAGUGUGUACAAGGUUCUAGUGGACUUUUCCCUGAUGCUCGACCAUCCACAACUGAAAAAUAUAUAUUCAUUCAUAAAACUGAGGAAAAUGGAGAGAAUCAAUAUACAUUUUGCUAUAAUAUUAAAACUGACUCAUGGAAAAUACUUCCACAAUCACACCUGAUUGAUUUGCCAGGAUCUAGUCUGUCUAGCUAUGGAGAGAAAAUAUUCUUGACUGGUGGUUGCAAAGGGAAGUGUUGUAGAAAGGUUCGACUUCAUAUUGCUGAAUCUUAUCAUGAUGCCACUGAUCAAACCUGGUGCUAUUGCCCAGUCAAAAAUGAUUUCUUCUUGGUAUCAAAUAUGAAAACCCCAAGAACCAUGCAUACUUCAGUUAUGGCUCUCAAUAGAUUAUUUGUCAUAGGUGGAAAGACUAGGGGCUCUCAGGACAUUAAAAGUCUCUUAGAUGUUGAGUCUUACAAUCCUCUUUCCAAAGAAUGGAUAUCAGUUAGCCCAUUACCCAGAGGCAUAUAUUAUCCAGAAGCAAGUGCAUGCCAAAAUGUAAUUUACGUUCUUGGAUCGGAGGUAGAGAUUACAGAUGCCUUUAACCCAUCACUUGAUUGCUUUUUUAAAUAUAAUGCUAUAACUGAUCAGUGGUCUGAACUAGUAGCAGAGUUUGGGCAGUUUUUUCAUGCUACACUAAUUAAAGCUGUCCCUGUAAAUUGCACACUGUAUAUAUGUGACCUUUCCACCUAUAAGGUUUAUAGUUUUUGUCCAGAUACUUGUGUUUGGAAGGGUGAGGGGUCUUUUGAAUGUGCAGGCUUUAAUGCAGGUGCAAUUGGAAUUGAAGAUAAGAUUUAUAUAUUAGGUGGUGAUUAUGCACCAGAUGAAAUCACAGAUGAAGUACAGGUCUACCACAGCAGCAGGUCAGAGUGGGAAGAAGUUUCACCAAUGCCAAGAGCCUUAACUGAAUUUUACUGCCAGGUGAUUCAGUUCAAUAAAUACAGGGACCCAUGGUUUUCUAAUCAUUUCUAAAAGUAGUAUGUGCUUGAACAUUCUAAAAGUACUCCAUUCUCUUAACCUUCAAUAAAUCUGUUUGCCAUAAUGAUUGGUAUAAAGGUCUUUACAUCUUAUUGAAAUAAAAUGUUCCUUCUAUUACAGAACUACUAUGUAUGUAUGCUAGCUAUGAAUAUACAGUUCCCAGAAUUUACAAUACAGAAUACAUUUACCAAAAAUUAUGCUGAAUGUAAUUUAAUCUUGGAGAAUUCAGAAUACUUAGUAUUUUCAUAUGUAAAUAAAAGUCAUAGGCUUUGAUGCUUUUAAGUACUUCUCCUAUGAAAGACUAGUAAAAACAAAGUUCACAGAUUUGUACUAUGUAGAUGGGGGAAAUCUCUUGGGGUAGUAAAAAUGAAUUAUACACACUACAUUAUGUGACAUGAAAGAAAUUAUAAAUAACUGAGAAUCCUAGCUUGAUACUGUGAGCCUAAGAGUUAUUAAAUUCCUGUUCUUCCUGAUCAUAGAUUAACUUCUUUUAAAUAUUUCUUCUUUUACCAUUUUUUUGUCAGAAUUUUUCCUCAAAUGAAACACAUUUCCCCAUCAUUCUAAACAGUAAACCUAGAUUAGCUUUUUUGUGAUUCAGCUCAAUAAGAGCAUGUUGUACCAAGAUAUAAUGCCAUGCCAUUGGCAGAUACUUAAAUCUUUUAAAACUGAUUAUUAUUAUUGUCAGUUUCAAUUUCUUAGCAGUAUAUCUCUCUUCAUAUUUUUUGGUUCAUUAGUAAAUUAGCAUUCCUUAUUUAAUUAGUAGUUUUAAGUUACACCUGAACUGUUUGUCCUAACAUAUAACCCAUUAGUGAUAUUCUUGGAUUCUAGGAGGGUAGUCUUAAAAUAUUUUUUUCUGUAUCAAUGUCAGGUUCCAACACAAUUGAGGAUAUAGAGAAUCUGACUUCUAGAUAAGUGGAUCAUUAUCAUCCCAUUUCUUAAACUUCAUCCAAAUUUGAGUUGCAGUAAGAAAGUUUAGAAUUUAUUUGGUACCACAUCAGUUUUCUGCAAUGAUAUAUACAAACUUUAAAAGCACCAUUCUGGUUUACUACUUCAGUAAAUUUCAGUGAAUUACCUUCUAAUUUAAAAUGAUGACUAGGCUUUUGGUAUUGAUAAUAGUAUUCACCAUCUGCAUCUGUUUAAAUGUUUAAUCUUUAACUCAAGUAAUAAAAGAGUAUUGAUCUUGUUUUCAACUAGAUGGUUCUGCCUUGCAAGGGAAUGUUUCUUUACUCAGUUUAAAAGACAUGGGCAUUUCAUAUUUAAGAUCCUGGUUUAUAUCUCAGGUAAAGUGUAGAUUGUAUUUCUCUGGAACCACAUGUAGUUUCAUCUUAGUAGUAAAUUUUAAUCUAUAGUAAAUAUAAAAUGGAAAUGUAUCUAAGUGAUGUUUCUUUUAUUCUACCACAUAAAUUUAUGAAAACAAGUUUCAAAUAUAUUUUUCAAAAUCAAAGAUAAUUUAAAGUACAUACAGGGACUGUCUCUAAUGAGAUGACAGUUACAUAAAAGAGAAUUCUGUAGAACUGGUGGCCUUCCUAUCUAAGCACAUGAUUAGUUGGCUCUGCCCUUUCUUCUAGGUGUUAUGUUCAAGAAAGAAAGUUUAAUGGAGGCUUCUCUAUAUUUGUGUGCCUUUGAAAACAUUGAGAAAGACUAUAACAGUGAGUGAUCUUUAUUGGAUUUACUGCACUAUUAAUUUAAGUAUAUAUUAAUAGAGUAUAUUUAAAUAUUGUUGUCAUCACUGACUGGGAAUUGUUCAUCUCUUUCAGAAAGGAGAAACUAACACAAAACUAAAUCCUUUCUUGAUGCUCUUUCAUUAUUUUAUCAUCUUGAUUUCUACCAUUCUUCUCUUUGGUCAUUGCUUUAUGGUAAUGUUUCUAGAAAUAUCCUUCUUAUCAAGACCUAGGUGGCUCCCUAUGCAUUUUUGGUUUUUACCUUUUUUCUAAUGCAGGUUUUCUGCCUUAGUUGCUACAGUGGCUGUAGGUUUUUUGUUUUUUGUUUUUAUUUUCAUGCAUUGCCAUCCCUUUAUAGUGCACCUUUCCGCUCUUCUUCAAUUAUUACUGUGAGGAAAAUACUUUGUCUAGUUAAAAGACCCUAAACUCUUCAUUUAUUCACUGUUUUUUUCUCAUUACCAGAGCAAGUGCCUAUGGAUUUGGCACCAUUAAUCUAAUUUUGCAUCUCUUUGUUGCACUUUCAUUUGAUCUAUAUGCCUUAUUAAAAAAUAAUUCUGUCUUUAGAUUCCUGCAGGAAUCCAACUACACAGCAUCAGUGCUGGGUAUAUGCUCUGGUCUUGCCAAUCAUGCCUUUACUGUCUAAAAACAAAAUGUAUCAUUCUGGUCUCAUCAUUCUGAAUUUCUGACAUGCAAAUUUCAGCAAUUCCUCAAGUCUAUUAUCAGUACCUCCAGAAGGAGCCAUAUUUCCUGUUUGUAAAUUUAGGUAAGAAAAAAUAACAUCCUUAUAUGAACUCUUCCCUUAGUUAUUAUUUUCAAAGUCUGUCUUUCUUUCAUCUCUUUCAGUCAGUGCUACAACAUAAGAGACAAAGUAAUUGUGCUCAUUUUCCAGAUUGUAGUCAUUACUGUGGAAAAAUUCUGCUUAACAUUUCUAAAUUCAUUAACAUCUGUCUGUUAGAAUACAUUCAGAUUAUGCAUGCAAAAACAUUUGAAUAUUGUACUGUCUUUAAAAUUGAAAGGUAUAUGUCAUUAAGUAUAAAAAGAUUAAUAUAUAAGAUAAAACUCAAAAUUAAUAUUCCUAGAAUGAUCUCCGAACUUGGGCUAAAAUGUAAUUUUUGUUCAUCUACAGUCUUUGAGACUAAGUAAUAUGAAGAAUAUUUGCAUAAUCAAAAUUAACAAUUCCCAUAAUACUCAACUUGGUAUUGGAAAAGAAAUAGGUCCUUAUUACAGCAGCAUUCAUUACAUGUUACCCUUGAAAGCUAGAUUAUUUGAGAGUGACUCUACACUGCAAUAUGAUUUCAUUUUCCCAGGUAUUAAGAGGAACGUCUAAGUAUGUGUUUAGUGUGCUUAGCUCAAGGUACAUCAUUUGAAAAUCAGACUUGCACAGAGAUAUUCAUCUGUUUCUAUUUUGAUAUUUGAAAGCAAUAAAUGCUAUAAUGUAAUGAAUAAAUAGUUGCUUUAAGGUCAUUAUUCUCAGUUUAAUUGGAUUCAAUAUUCUGGAAAUUCUCUAUAUUUAGAAUAGAAGUGUAAUAUCCCAAAAUGUUUUGCAGAGGGCAGCUCUGGAGGGACUCCUAAAUGCAAGGGCUGAAAUUUAUAGGAAACCAGAUUUAUGUCUAAGAAAAAACUUGACACCACUUUAUGAAGUCCUACUUUAGAAUGAGACUAUUUACCAAGGACUCUGGCAUUUGACAAAUUAUUAGCUCAGUGAUUUCCUGCACAGGAGUGCAUGACCAAAGAUUUUUGCAUUCUAGUUAAACAUUUUAAUUUCAAUCAUUUCCCUUAUAUGGGACUAAUUGCUUCUUCCUCCAACUUAUUUAGCAAUUUAGACAUUUAAUUUUAAUGGUUCUGCAUACUCAAGAUUUUUCAAUAGGACCUGAGACUUUAAACUAUCAUUUGAGGAGCAUUUUGGUUAAGGGGGAUUCUUUUUCUUUUAAUCACUCAGGAAAAGUCUGUAAAUGGUGCUGACAUUUAUAGUGAGCUGUUAACUGAGAUUUUUUUCCUUCUAUUUACCGCAGAUGCAUAUUUGUCUUACAGUGAAUAAAAACUAAAAGCCAGUUUCUCUGAGUUUUGUUCUUAUUUUUCUGGAAAUGUAUUUAUAUAACCAAAGGUAGUGAUUUCCAUUCAUGUUAUAUAAUUUGGAAGACUCUAUCUUAAAAAUUUUAUAAAUUAUAUUUGAUGACUGAUGCUUAAUCAAAUUUAACAACAAAAUAGGAAAUUCAGUCAUGGAAUGAUACUAUUAUGCAUUUAUCAAACAAUAAGUCUUCUAAAUCAUAGACCUACAUUCAAAUUUGAAAAUAACCUUGGAAUCUAAUACAGCAUCCAAUGUGGUGUGGAAAGGUCCUCCAAAUCCGAAAACAACUUGGACAUGUGAUUUUUUUUUCCGUUUCUCAGUGCUUUAGAGGUGAAAAAUCACUAUCUUCAUUUUUGAACAAUUCUAUUAGAAACAUUGGAAAUAGCUCUGCCUUGCUGUAAUAACUUCCAGCGUUGGUCCCAGAUUGCUGACCCUGCCUGCAAGACAUUCAAGUGUGUGAAACAAUACUGUGUCUCUCAUCCUUCCAAGACAAGUUCUCGAUUUCCUUCUUGUUAAAGUGCUAAGCACUUUAUAGCACUUUAACAUCUCCCACAAUGGCUGGGAUACAUACCUGCUCCUUGUACACUUGCCUCAGACAAUCUAUUCUUGAUCUAUCUUUUUUCGAUGGAUUGAGCAUGACCAGCAUUGCAGAAUCUGUUUCAUAUUUGGAUAGUGCCUCACUAUCCAUUCCCACUGUACUUGAAAAUUAAAACAGCUCAUUCUUUCAUCUAGCUCUUUAGCUUUUGUAAAUCCCACCAAUGCUAGAGCUUUGCUUUCUCUCUCUCCUCAGAACUACCCACUCCCCAUCAACACAAUUAUAAACAUUUUCUAGGUGAGGAAUUCUAAAGCCAAACUUUAAUGUCAACCUUUUGUUAUUGGGUACAGUUUUUAAAAACACUCUACAAAAGACUUCAAGAAGUAUACCCAAACUAGAAACCAAAGCAGUUAUAUAAUAAGUAGUUAAUAAGAGAACAAUUUGCUCAGAAAUUAAUGCAGACCAGCCUUAUGAUGGCAAUUAUCUAAAUUUGAAGGUUUGUGGUGUUAGCCCAGUUGAAUAGAGAAUGAUAUUUUCAUGAAACAGGGUCACAGAUAACUUUAUGGGCCAGGGAGCUUUGUUCAUUUCAUUAUCAUUGGCAACAUUCCCAACCAUAAUGCCUAUCUAGCUCAACAAAUUGAACUAUUGGGUUCAAGAGUAACCAAGGUUGCUGAAAAUAACUCAGAGUACAGUCUUCUAUUAGUGAGCAUCACAUUGUAUAAAUAUUUUUUACAUGUCUGUCUUCCUCAUUUAACUGGAAACUCUUAGGGAUUAGGGAUAUAUCUUCAUCAUUUUAGAAUCCAGCAAUUAGCUCACUGCCCAUCCUAAUAAGGCAUCCAAUAAACUGAUAUUUUAUUGAGCAAUAUGUGAAGCAAAAUAUAUUUAUUGCAGUCAUAUUGUUACUGAAUAAAGUUGUUAUAUCUGCACACUUUGCAGUCUGUUUUCAUGUAAAAAAAUUAUUUUAAGAUUUUACAUUUUAGAAUGCUACCACACUGUACUUCAGUUAUCAAUGUAUGUGUUAAUUCUUUUAAUAAUACUUGAAAAUUGUGUAUGUCUAAAGUGUGAGAAAAUUGGUUUAGGUCAGUUUAUAUGACUUCAGCUUCUGUUUUAUUUUGUUUGUUUAGUAUACAGAAGGGUUAAUCAGAAGCACUUUUUGAGAGUGAAAAUACAUUCAGCACACUGCCGGCCUUUGGAGAGAAUGUAUAGUUGAUUGUAUAGUUGUGUAUGUAUAACUAGUUCUUGAAGGUGAGAUUACAAAUUUAAAGUCAUUUAUCCACCUAAUUUUAAUGCUUAAGGAUUUUUUUUCAUGAAUUUUAACUAUAAUAUCUAAUUCGUUGUUUCAAAGGCAAUAAUGGAUAAGAAAAUGACUGCAAGUUUCAUUAGUUAUGCAAGCCCCAUUUUUCCUACAAGAGCAUGAUAGCUUCAGUGAUCUUCCUCCCACUUUGGGGGGAUAGUGCUCAAAGCUACUUGCACUGCAUACACGGGUAACUUACUACAUUUCUUUAUUAGUGGAAUGUGGGCUUUUGCCAUAUGCUAUGAGAAAUAAAAUGAGCAUUUUUGCAGGUUCAUAUCAAACAUAUUAACAUGUAGUAAAACUUUUCAAUUCUAUAAGGUAAUUAUUAAUUUAUUAAAAUGUAUCUCAGAAAAAAUAUAUUGUCUGUAUGUA